AUGACCGACAACAUCCCACUGCAGCCGGUCCGGCAGAAGAAGCGGAUGGACAGCAAGCACCGCAGCGGGUGUUGUGAUUGCUUAAGAUGCUGUGGCAGGAGAGACCCAAGGCCUCGUACUGUAUGGCUUGGCCAUCCAGAGAAGAGAGACCAGAGAUACCCUCGCAAUGUGAUCAACAAUCAGAAAUACAACUUUUUUACUUUUCUCCCUGGGGUGUUGUUUAACCAGUUCAAAUACUUCUUCAACCUUUAUUUCUUGCUUUUGGCCUGCUCUCAGUUUGUCGUUGAAAUGAGGCUUGGUGCACUUUACACAUACUGGGUUCCUCUGGGAUUUGUGCUUGCUGUUACUGUCAUCCGAGAGGCCGCGGAGGAGAUCAGAUGUUACAUGCGCGACAAGGAAGUGAACUCGCAGAUCUACAGCAAGCUCACAGCGAGAGGGACUGUGAAGGUGAAGAGUUCUAAUAUACAAGUAGGCGACCUCAUCAUUGUUGAAAAGAACCAGCGGGUCCCUGCUGACAUGAUCUUCCUGAGGACAUCGGAGAAGAAUGGGUCUUGCUUCCUUCGCACUGACCAGCUGGAUGGUGAAACAGACUGGAAAUUGCGGCUGCCUGUUACCUGUACUCAGAGGCUGCCAACUGCUUCUGACCUACUGCAAAUCCGGUCCUAUGUAUAUGCAGAAGAACCCAAUAUUGAUAUACAUAACUUUGUGGGGACCUUCACAAGGGAGGACAGUGACCCUCCAGUGAAUGAAAGUUUAAGCAUCGAAAACACCCUGUGGGCCAGCACAGUGAUUGCAUCAGGUACUGUUGUGGGAGUUGUUCUUUACACUGGAAGGGAACUGCGCAGUGUGAUGAAUACUUCAAACCCAAGAAGUAAGAUUGGUCUUUUUGAUUUGGAAGUGAACUGUCUUACCAAGAUCCUCUUUGGGGCUCUCGUGGUGGUCUCACUUGUCAUGGUGGCCCUUCAGCACUUUGCUGGUCGCUGGUAUCUUCAGAUCAUAAGAUUCCUCCUUCUGUUCUCAAACAUCAUUCCUAUUAGUUUACGUGUGAACCUGGACAUGGGGAAAAUUGUCUACAGCUGGGUGAUCCGCAGAGAUUCCAAAAUCCCCGGGACUGUGGUUCGGUCCAGCACUAUUCCUGAGCAGCUGGGGAGAAUAUCUUAUGUGCUUACAGACAAAACAGGAACUCUUACACAGAAUGAGAUGGUCUUCAAGCGACUUCACCUGGGAACAGUUGCCUAUGGCCUGGACUCCAUGGAUGAAGUGCAGAGCCACAUAUUCAGUAUAUACACGCAGCAAUCUCAGGACCCACCUGCUGUGAAGGGCCUUACUUUAGCCACCAAGGUGCGUAAAACCAUGAGCAGCCGCGUCCACGAGGCGGUGAAGGCAAUCGCGCUCUGCCACAAUGUGACACCAGUGUAUGAGUCCAACGGGGUGACAGACCAGGCUGAAGCUGAGAGACACUAUGAGGACUCCUGCAGGGUGUACCAGGCCUCCAGUCCUGAUGAGGUGGCCCUGGUGCAGUGGACCGAGAGCGUGGGCUUGACGCUGGUGGGCAGAGACCAGUCCUCCGUGCAGCUGAGGACACCGGGUGGCCACAUCCUGAACUUCACCAUCCUGCAGAUCUUCCCCUUCACUUACGAGAGCAAGCGCAUGGGGAUCAUCGUUCGGGAUGAAUCAACAGGAGAGAUCACUUUCUACAUGAAGGGGGCUGAUGUGGUGAUGGCUGCGAUUGUGCAGUACAAUGACUGGCUGGAAGAGGAGUGUGGUAACAUGGCUCGCGAAGGCCUGAGGGUUCUUGUUGUAGCCAAGAAGUCUCUGACAGAAGAGCAGUAUCAAGACUUUGAAGCACGCUAUGUCCAGGCAAAGCUGAGUGUGCACGACCGCUCCCUCAAGGUAGCCACAGUCAUCGAGAGCCUGGAGAUGGAGAUGGAGCUGCUGUGUCUCACUGGCGUGGAGGAUCAGCUGCAGACAGACGUCAGACCCACUCUGGAGACACUGAGAAAUGCUGGCAUUAAGGUGUGGAUGCUGACAGGGGAUAAGUUAGAGACAGCCACGUGUACAGCCAAGAAUGCACAUUUGGUGACACGGACACAGGACAUCCACAUAUUCAGACUAGUGACUAACCGUGGAGAAGCUCAUCUAGAGCUGAACGCCUUCCGCCGGAAGCACGACUGUGCUCUUGUUAUUUCUGGCGACUCGCUGGAGGUGUGUCUCAAAUACUAUGAGUAUGAGUUCAUGGAGCUGGCUUGCCAGUGCCCUGCUGUCGUGUGCUGCAGAUGCGCUCCGACCCAGAAGGCUCAGAUCGUGCGAUUGCUCCAGGAGAGGACUGGCAAACUUACCUGUGCAGUAGGUGAUGGAGGGAAUGAUGUUAGCAUGAUUCAGGAGGCUGACUGUGGUGUUGGGGUUGAAGGAAAGGAAGGAAAACAGGCAUCGCUUGCAGCCGAUUUCUCUAUCACUCAAUUUAAGCACCUGGGUCGUUUGCUAAUGGUGCAUGGAAGGAACAGUUACAAAAGGUCUGCAGCCCUCAGUCAGUUCGUGAUCCACCGGAGCCUGUGCAUCAGUACAAUGCAGGCUGUUUUCUCAUCAGUAUUUUACUUUGCUUCAGUUCCUCUCUACCAAGGCUUCCUCAUAAUUGGGUACUCCACAAUUUACACAAUGUUUCCAGUGUUUUCUCUAGUCCUGGACAAGGAUGUGAAAUCUGAAGUUGCAAUGUUAUACCCAGAGCUCUACAAAGACCUUCUUAAGGGACGACCAUUGUCAUACAAAACGUUUUUAAUAUGGGUCUUAAUAAGCAUCUAUCAAGGUAGUAUCAUCAUGUAUGGAGCUCUCCUCCUCUUUGAAUCUGAAUUUGUCCACAUUGUUGCGAUUUCCUUCACAUCCUUGAUUCUCACUGAGUUACUGAUGGUGGCAUUGACGAUCCAGACGUGGCACUGGCUCAUGAUAGUGGCCGAGCUGCUCAGUCUCUCCUGCUACAUAGCUUCUCUGGUCUUCUUACAUGAGUUUAUUGAUGUUUACUUCAUUGCAACUUUGUCAUUCUUGUGGAAAGUCACUGUCAUCACCUUGGUGAGCUGCCUUCCCCUCUACGUCCUGAAGUACCUGAGACGAAGGUUUUCUCCCCCAAGCUACUCGAAGCUGACAUCAUAG